GUCACUGCGCCGCGUCGCUUCCGGUGCCCAGCGCGGCAGCGAAUGACUUCCCCCUCGGAGGGGCUGGGCCGGGGCUGCUGAGACCCCCCGGAGCUCGAGAUUGCGCUUCGCCCGCCGGCGCGCCUUCCCGCGGCUGCGUCCCGCCCGCACUGGGGACCAUGGCCACCGACUCGUGGGCCCUGGCGGUGGAUGAGCAGGAAGCGGCGGCCGAGUCGUUGAGCAACUUGCAUCUUAAGGAAGAGAAAAUCAAACCAGAUGUCAAUGGUGCUGUUGUCAAGACCAAUGCUAAUGCAGAGAAGACAGAUGAAGAAGAGAAAGAGGACAGAGCUGCCCAGUCUUUACUCAACAAGCUGAUCCGAAGCAACCUUGUGGAUAACACUAACCAAGUGGAAGUCCUGCAGCGAGAUCCGAACUCCCCACUCUACUCAGUGAAGUCUUUUGAAGAGCUUCGACUGAAACCACAGCUUCUCCAAGGAGUCUAUGCCAUGGGUUUCAACCGUCCAUCCAAAAUCCAAGAGAAUGCAUUGCCUUUGAUGCUUGCUGAACCCCCACAGAACUUAAUUGCCCAGUCUCAGUCCGGUACUGGUAAAACAGCUGCCUUUGUGUUGGCUAUGCUCAGCCACAUAGAACCUGCAAACAAAUAUCCCCAGUGUCUGUGCCUCUCCCCCACAUAUGAGCUCGCCCUUCAAACAGGAAAAGUGAUUGAACAGAUGGGCAAAUUUUACCCUGAAUUGAAGCUAGCUUAUGCUGUUCGAGGCAAUAAAUUGGAAAGAGGUCAGAAGAUCAGUGAGCAGAUUGUCAUUGGUACCCCAGGGACCGUCCUGGACUGGUGCUCCAAGCUCAGGUUCAUUGACCCCAGAAGGAUCAAGGUGUUUGUUCUGGAUGAAGCUGACGUGAUGAUAGCCACUCAGGGCCACCAAGAUCAGAGCAUCCGUAUCCAGAGGAUGCUACCCAAGAACUGCCAGAUGUUGCUUUUCUCUGCCACCUUUGAAGACUCUGUGUGGAAGUUUGCCCAGAAAGUGGUCCCAGACCCCAACAUUAUCAAACUGAAGCGUGAGGAGGAGACGUUGGACACCAUCAAGCAGUACUAUGUCCUGUGCAAUAACAGAGAUGAGAAGUUCCAGGCCUUGUGCAACUUGUAUGGGGCCAUCACCAUCGCACAAGCCAUGAUCUUCUGCCAUACCCGAAAAACAGCUAGUUGGUUGGCAGCAGAGCUCUCAAAAGAAGGCCACCAAGUGGCUCUGCUGAGUGGAGAAAUGAUGGUGGAGCAGAGGGCUGCUGUGAUUGAGCGCUUCCGAGAGGGCAAAGAGAAGGUUCUGGUGACCACCAAUGUGUGUGCUCGUGGCAUCGAUGUUGAACAAGUGUCUGUGGUCAUCAACUUCGAUCUUCCUGUGGACAAGGACGGGAACCCAGAUAAUGAGACCUACCUGCACCGGAUUGGGCGCACUGGCCGCUUUGGCAAGAGAGGCCUGGCUGUGAACAUGGUUGACAGCAAGCACAGCAUGAACAUCCUGAACAGAAUCCAGGAACAUUUUAAUAAGAAGAUAGAAAGAUUGGACACAGAUGAUUUGGACGAGAUUGAGAAAAUAGCCAACUGAGAAGCUCUACCAGCCACUGGUGCCCGCCCUCUGGGCUGCCCCUGCCCAGGAGAUGAGUGCUUUCAUGGCACAGGCCUCAACUGUCACCACAAAGACAAAGGCAUGAGGAGAGAAGCUACCUACCUCAUUUUAAAUUAUGUU